AUGGGACAACAUUCUUGCUGCAACAAACAAGAAGUGAAGAGGGGGCUGUGGUCACCAGAAGAAGAUGAGAAACUCAAAAACUACAUUUCCACCUAUGGCCAUGGCAGUUGGAGCUCGCUUCCAAGAUUUGCAGGGUUACAAAGAUGUGGCAAGAGUUGCAGACUAAGAUGGAUAAAUUACCUCAGACCUGAUUUGAAGAAAGGGAAUUUCUCUUUAGAAGAAGAGGAACUCAUAAUUGAACUUCAAAGAAUUCUCGGCAAUAGGUGGGCUCAAAUAGCCAAGCACCUUCCUGGGAGAACAGAUAAUGAAGUCAAAAACUUCUGGAACUCAGCCAUCAAGAAGAAACACAUUUCUCCAAACCCCUUUGAUCGGGCCCCAUUUUCAAAUCUUUCCAAUCCAAACUCAAAUUUCCCCCAAUAUGCCGAGUUGAAUCAACCGUACAUCCCCACCCCACCACCACCACCACUGCAAGGGAUUGAUUUUGGUGAACUUGAAGCCGAUCAGUUGAGUCACAGUGCCAUUAUGUUCAACAGUUCGCCUUCAUCUGCACCAGCAUGUCCACUGGGAUACCUGCCUCAAUUCAUUGAUCGUCAACCCAAAGAUAAUUCCAUUGUGAGCUCUGACGAAUAUCCAUUUUUUGUUACUAAUAAGCUCUUGGAUCAGAAUCCCACAAUGCUUCCUGUGCUGCCAAAAGUACUUGAAUCAAUUGCUGGCUCCUCAAAUAUCCCUUAUGGGAGGCUUUAUGCAAAUGAUAUGAAGUUGUCCUCUGAUCACAUAGAGUAUAUUCAACCCGUCAUGUCAGCACGUUCCACAUUAUCUUCAUCGUCCACAUCCUUGACUUCCUCAUCAUCGUCCUUAUCGUUAUCUCCAUUACCAUGCAGCGGCAAUAUGUUCGUGAACCCCUCUCUUCCUCCAAGAUGGGUUCCCUAG